AGCAUCUUCACCUCUUGUAUGCAUCAACCGCCUCCGCAAUAAUGAGGUGCUCAGUUUUCGUUUUUCUGGCAUGCAUGACACUGCUGUCCACAACAGAAGUGUUUGCUGCUCGACUGCCCAUCCAGCAGUUACGCUGUCAGUGUGUGAAGACGUAUAAGGGAAAACCAAUCAAUCCCAAACUAAUACAGAGUUUACAGACGAUUCCUGCUGGAGCGCGGUGCAAAAACAUGGAGGUCAUUGCCACUGUGAAAAAUGGGAAGACCUGCCUCAAUCCCAAGGAUGAAUGGGUGACAAAGAUCAUCGAAGGCAGGAGUGUCAAAGCGCCUACCAGAGGGCCAAUUAUUACCCUCCCUCCAAAUUCUACCUCUGUCCCUCAACUGACGUCAAAAAUGUAAUGAGAUUCGGCACAACAAAA